CGUCAAGAUAUUGCGUCCAUCAAAAGCAGCAUUUUCACAGACCAACGACUACAUAAGUGCAAUUACCUUCUUCCAGGAAACAAGAUGACGCUCCCAGUAACAGGAAAGUCCGGAAAGGACACACUCGCAUCACGCCUCGAGGACGAGUUCGAGAAACGACCGGACCCAGUGGCUCUAACGCACAACGCCGAUGAGUCGCAAAAUAGCUCUUCAGGCGUCGACUAUGAGCCUCACCCAGAGAACUCGAUCAAACUAAAUCCCGAGCGCGAAAAGAUUGUACAAUCGAUAUGCAACCUCUACUCCGGGAGCGCAAGCGAAGACGACAUGAUGGUGUAUGGCAAAGAAGCGGUAUACGAUGAUCCCUGGAGCUACUGCGACACAAGAUACAAGAUCGCGGGCCAGUGGUAUGGCAUUCCCAAACUGAUGAAGAGUAGCCGGACAAUCAAGACGGAAGUGCUUUCGUCGAAGCCUGAUGAAAUUAUUUUUAAGCUACAGCAAGAGUAUACACCCAAGCCUAUGCCUAUCUCGAAGAAGGUCAACAGCCUGAUCACUUUGACGCUUGAUCAGGACGGUAAAGUGCGGUAUCAUAAGGAUAUGUGGAAUGAGAAGGACUAUAGUCAUGAAGGUCUAGGAAAGAUCAUGAAAGAGCUUAAUGGGGAUCAUUUGACAAAGAUUACAAAACCUCCGGCAGAACUAUGAGAAGUGAUAGGAGAUAUACUCGUACUGCCAGCACGCAUGCAUUUUCAUGUGUACCUGGUUUUCGAUCCGGAUAUUUCUAGCAAAUUCCACAUAAUGCAAUGCGUCACCAAGUCUUCUACACAAGUAAAGCUAUUGAACGAAGAUAUAUUGGAACAACUAAACAGCCAGGAGGCCAUACAGAUUUCGGAAUUUUGUACCCCAGCUACAGGAUUCAGC